AUGAGUUCGCAUGGACGGAACAAUUCAACGACACAGAUUGAAGAGGAAUUAGCUCAAAUAAAGCGGUAUGAAGACUUCACUACAACUGAUUGGGUGAAAGAUGCCAUCCUAGAGAGAUAUAGACAAUCUGCUGUUUACAAUUCGCAUGCUAACGAUAAAUCCUGGCGUGGUUGGUGGCAGCUCACGUUUGAAAACUUUGAAUCUUGGCUCGUCGUUCUGCUGAUCGGCUCAGGGAUUGGACUGUUAUCAGCUUUGAUUGCAAUUGUUACAGAUUGGCUGUCAGAUAUAAAGAAAGGAUAUUGUUCAACAGCAUGGUGGUUGAAUGAAAAGUUCUGUUGUUGGGAAAUGGAAGAUAAUAGCGGUAGUUGUGCUGAUUGGACGUCUUGGAGUGAAUUUGUACAUCUUGGACCGGAAGUUUAUGUAGUAAAAUGGUUCUUUUACAUAUUAUGGGCUACAUUGUUUGCAACAACUUGCGCUUAUUUAGUGAAAAAGUUUGCACCGUAUGCUGCUGGAUCUGGUAUUUCAGAGAUCAAAUGCAUUAUUGGUGGAUUUGUAAUGAAAGGCUUUUUGGGCGUCGAAACCCUUAUUAUGAAAAGUAUUGGCUUGACAAUGUCGGUAGCAUCAAAUUUGUCUAUAGGAAAAGAAGGGCCAUCAGUACAUAUGGCUUGUUGUGUUGGCAACGUUAUAGCGCGAUGUUUUAAGAAGUUCAAGACGAGCAGAGCCGAAAUGAGAGAAAUCUUAACAGCUUCUAGUGCAGCUGGUGUUGCUGUAGCUUUCGGUUCGCCAAUUGGAGGCGUAAUAUUUGCAUUAGAAGAGAUGAGCAAUCAUUUUCCUAAUAGAACCAUGUGGAAAAGCUUUUUCUGUGCCAUGAUAGCUACAAUUGUUCUUCAAGCCAUGAAUCCCUUCCGAACAGGGAAGCUCGUCAUGUUCCAAGUCAGUUACGACAGAGAAUGGCAUUUCUUUGAAUACUUAUUUGUUGUGUUCAUUGGCCUUUUUGGGGGAUUGUACGGAGCAUUCGUUAUCAAAUAUAACUUAUUAGUAGUUCAAUUCAGAAAGAAAUACUUAAAGAACUACCCGGUCGUUGAAGCUGCUGUUCUGGCAUUCAUAACAGCCAUUUUAGCCUAUCCUAAUGUAUUUCUUCGAACGGAUAUGACCGAAAUAAUGGGUAUUUUGUUCAGAGAAUGUGAAGGUGUCGGAACAGACAACUAUUACGGUUUAUGCGAAACUGGAGAAACAAAACGAAUGGUUGUUUUACUUUUAAUUGCUACUAUACUUCGUUGUUUUGGUACUAUUGUGUCGUACGGCGCGAGAGUACCCUGUGGCAUCUUCGUUCCUUCCAUGGCUAUUGGUGCAACAUUUGGUAGAAUGGUUGGUCUACUCGUCAAGUCAUGGCAUCAGGCUGAUCCGGAAUUCUUUUUAUUUGCCUCUUGUCGUCCUGAUAUGCCAUGUAUCACCCCCGGUACUUAUGCGUUUUUGGGUGCAGCAGCGGCUUUAUGUGGUGUUAUGAGAAUAACAGUGUCCGUUGUCGUUAUUAUGUUCGAAUUGACAGGUCAAAUUACCUAUAUCUUACCUACUAUGAUUGCGUUGAUGGUCACUCGUGCCGUAGGAGAUUGGUUUGGAACUGGCGGUAUUGCUGACCGUGCAAUUCAGUUGAACGGAUAUCCCAUACUGGGUGACGAAGAAAAGGUGUAUAACGUGCCAGUAUCUCAUGUCAUGCAAGACGAUAUGACUGUUAUGACAGCAGCAGGGAUGACAUUUGGUGAUAUUGAGAACAUUUUAGAAAACACAAACUUCCAAGGUUUUCCAGUAGUUGAUGACUCGAAAAAUAUGGUAUUGAUUGGAUAUAUUGGCCGCUCUGAAUUGAGCUACUUGAUUGGUAAGGAAGUAAUAGGAUACAAGGCAUUGACAGAAGAUAAUAUCGAAUUGACAGAUGAUGAGGAUAACAGUAAACCUAAUAACGAAAAUAAUGAUGAGAGUACGACAGGAGAGCACAUUCUUAAGGGCUCUUCAGAAGUUAUCGAUUUUGGUGCAUAUAUGGAUCAAACACCUAUCACAGUCCAUCCCAAAUUAUACCUCGAAACAGUGAUAGACAUGUUCAAACAACUAGGCCCAAGAGUUGUAUUGUUAGUGGAACGGGGGAAACUUAAAGGUCUCGUGACAGUAAAAGAUGUACUCAAAUACACUGCCAAAAUGGAAAGAAUAGAAUCACCCAACUCUAUUCCCAAUCUACGAGAAUGCGGCUUGCUUCUUGAUAAAGUGUCUUCGUGUUUACGACGUAGACGACGUUCAACAACAGAUGGUGCUUAUACACAGUUGCAUAAUAGAAGCUCGUAUGAUUUAGAGGAUGACGUUGAAGCAGAGAUACAUGAAUUAGAUGGCAGAAUCUAA